AUGGAUGUGUGGGGAACCCAAAGUGCAGCUGCAGCGAGCGAGCGUCUGCCUGGAGACGAGGAAGAAUGGGAGCUCUCUGACAGUGGAAAGGACGCAUUGAUUGUUCUGCUGGAUGUACGCAAGGCCAUGUUCUCUCCGCAUCCCCACGCUGCUGCGGGUUCUCCAUCCACUUGGUUCCAUGCCGUCGUGGAACUCGUGAUCAAACUGCUAGAGUCGAAAAUCAUCGCCCGUGACAACUCAUUGAUGAGUGUUAUUUUCUUCGGAACAAACAAACGAGGAGAAGCAAGUACAUUGAAGCAGGUCUACGAGUUCCAGCCGCUGGGACAUCCGUCGGUGCAGAGGAUUAAGGAGCUUCAGGCGUUGUUGGAGAAUGACGUGCAAGUAGAUUUCGAAUCCAUGGAAAACUCAGAGCAGCUCUCAUUCAGCAAUGCUUUGUGGCAAUGCGGGAUCUCCUUCUCUAAUGCAAAUCUGAAAAAGAAGGAUUCGCAGCGUAUUUGGAUUUUCACCAACGAUGACAGCCCGCUAGAAACGGAUGCAGAAGAAGUAGGCCGCAUCCAGAAGCAAGUCCAGAAUCAUACUGAACUCGAGCGCACACUAAACCUUUUCUACAUCACGCCGCCCGGAAAGCAAAGUUUUGACCUCUCGAAUUCCUACGGCUGCUCUUUCAAAGACUUUUCAGCACAUGACGGCGACGAAGUGGCCGAAAACGAAGCAUUCUUCCAACCAGCGUUUCCUGUCGAGACGCUUGAUAACCUGAUGGACGUAUCGCUACGCAAGCGUUUUCGCAAGCGCCGCCUCACGACAUUUGCUCUUUCUAUCACGAAUGCCGUGUCAAUUGGUGUGGAGCUGUAUGCACUAGUCGUCGUUCAGCGAAAGAAUACUCCGGUAGCUCUUGACGCGAGCACAAAUGUACCGCUUAACACUGAGACAAAGUGGCUCUGUGAAGAUACUGGGGCCUACCUGGCACCGGACCAGAUAAAAAAAUACAUUGACUAUGGUGGAAAGCGCGUAUAUUUCACGCGGGACGAUAUUGUGGAGAUCAAGCAUUUCGACUCACCAGGGCUUCAGCUGAUUUGUUUCAAGCCAUUGAGCUCCCUCCGAUGGAACGAAAAUAUCCGCUCACCGUAUUUUUUGUACCCGUGUAACGGAUACAUCGAAGGAAGCUCCACCGCGUUCAUGGCGAUUCUCAACUCUAUGGUUAUAAAAGGCAAAUUUGCUUUGGCAAGGUUGAUCGCGCGAAGAACAAGCGAGCCUCGACUCGUGGCGCUAGUUCCACAGGAAGAAGUAAACGACGAGACGGGCCAGGUGCAGCCAUCAGGGUUUAACGUCAUCUUCUUGCCGUACCUGGAUGAUAUUCGCGACGUUACAGUCGAGGCUAUCACAAACGUCGCUCCGGAAAAAAUCGAUGCUGCGAAAGACCUGAUCGCGGCGUUGAAGUUAACAGAAGCUCCAAGUUUUGAGAAUCCAGAGUUGCAAAAACACUACGCCGCGAUUCAAGCGCUUGCUCUUGACGAGGACGUACUGGAAUUUGACGAGAAGAGCGACACGACACUUCCCGAUGCAGAGGGUUUUCGCCAAGACGAAGUUAAGAGAGCCAUUGCUCAUUUUCGAGAAGUGUGCGGUGACGAGUUGAUCGAUGCGUCUACCAGUGCGAAGCGCAAGUCUUCAACGCCAGGAGAUCGCAAAGCAACAAGGAAGAAGUCGGUGAAAGGAGACUCAGGUCAGCAGGAGGCAGAGGACACGUUCGAUCGGGAGGAAUGGGCUGCACUGAUCUCGUCCGACGCCAUACAGAAGAAGACGGUCUCUCAGCUGAAGGCGUUUCUGCACGCGCAUGGCAGGACAGCUGUUGGACGGAAGGCCGACCUGAUCAGCGCAGUUCGGUCUUUCCUCGAGGCGUAG